AUGCCUGAACUCAGCACGGCGACCUGGCGCUAUCUAGGAUUGGGCGUGGCAGCAUCCUACGCUGGCCUUGGGAUUUUUCAAGCUGUACAGCCGCAUGCCAUUAGCCCGCAAGUCGACGCCAGGCAGCAGGUCGGCUGGCUGAUGAACCUCAUCGCCGCUCGAGACCUUAGCAUAGCCGCUAUAUUGUUCAGUUUCGCAUAUCGAGGAAAGACGCAAGAGUUGGGGACGGUUAUUCUCGGAGGAAUGAUUAUAUGCGCCGCCGAUACAAUAGCCGUAGGGAAGAGGAAAGGCCCAGCUGCAUUUGCAUACUGUAGUACUGCUGGCCACUGGGGCUAG